AUGUCAUCAUCAGGGUUACAAAGACGUCGUGGUGGUGGUAAGAAUACAGGGACACUGACACCAAAACCUAGAACAUCGGACUCGAUUGAUAAUGAACGAAGCGACGACGUGCCGGACCAUAAAAUAGGCUAUGACGACCGGGAUAUAGAGGAUCGUAAGUCGUUGAAGUUGCCGCUAUUAACGUUGAUGGAAGAGGUGUUACUUAUGGGAUUGAAAGAUAAGGAGGGAUAUUUGUCGUUUUGGAACGAUAAUAUUUCGUACGCGUUACGUGGGUGUAUUCUAUUAGAAUUGGCUUUUCGUAAUAAAAUCACGUUGGUUAAUGAUCCAGCCAGACGUAGAUUUGAAUUAUCCGACAGAUUGGUGGAAGUAAUUGACACAGAACCUACCGGAGAAGUCUUGUUAGACGAAGCCCUUAAAAUAAUGAAGAACGACGAAUCACAUUUGUCCGUCACCAACUGGAUUGACUUAUUAUCCGGAGAAACAUGGAAUUUGAUGAAAAUAAACUAUCAAUUGAAGCAAGUUAGAGAAAGAUUAGCUAAAGGAUUGGUAGACAAGGGUAUUUUAAGAACUGAAAGAAAAAAUUUCUUUUUAUUUGAUAUGGCUACGCACCCAGUUGCCGACAAAAUGUCUAAAGAAUAUAUUAAGAAUAGGAUUUUAAACUUGUUAAACUCAAGAAAUGUUGAUUUGGAAUCGUUAGCAAAUGAUCAAUUUCCAGCUGAUACUUCAUUCAAAUAUUUAAGAUCAAUUGCAUUAGUAUGUGGAUCGUAUGCAGCAAAUGUUUUGGAAAACGUAUUAUUGUCUUUGAAUUACGACAAAAGAGAUCAGGCAUUUGCAAGAGCUGACGAAUUGUUAAACGACUUUAGUGAAUUCCCUUUUAAUUUAUCGCAUCAAAGUCCUUUGGGCAUAGGGAUGAAUUUAGGUCAAGUCGUUGGUGAUGAAAUCGAAAGAUGUUCGUCUCAUGAAUUGCAACUCGAAUUAAUUGCAGCUGUCUUGAGCGUGUUUGCAAGAAUGGAUUCCAUUUUGUGA